CCUCCACUCGCCAAACUUCGCGUGGAGAACACGACUUUCUCCGAAACAGCUCGGCAUCAAUAGGGCGUGGCAUGGCACCCGCAUAAAACUGCUGAGCUUGGUGUAUACAAGUCUAUGCAACCCGUUUGGACCGAUCGUACGCGCCUAAUUGUUUCAAGCAGCAGAAAGGAGACUUACCGAUUCUCUUCAACGCGUCUCGAUGGCCGAUCAGCACAGCUUCGAGUUCCAGGAAAAGGCCAUUCGGCGCGAAGUUCGCCUGUAUACCAUUCAAAUCAGACAGGAGCACGAAUGUCUUGCCAGUGACCUUCUCAAAACAUCUCGAGCUUCUGCUCAGCGGGCAGCUAGGAAGAUAGCAAAGUCGGGAAAGCCUAAAGCCCGAGGAGUCGGAGACUUUACUCCCCGCGUUCCCGAGUCUUCGCGGUCGGGCUCUUUCAAAUUUACUGUGGAGUCAUAUCCAAAGCAAUAUUACACCCCUCCAAUCAAGAAACAGAUCACAGAGUCUGGUAUCACGAUACCCUUAGUUGAGCCGCUACCGCUUUACAAAGACUUCACUUCAUUAUCGACAUGUGUGCACGUCGAAGACGACGAGGUACUACGGUACUGGCCGUACUUUGGAGAGAACGGCGAAGAAGCGGGACUUAACCUAGAGGAGAUGUUUGAGGACCGAACUGAAACCCAGGCGGAGCUUCUAAGACGCGAGAAUUCCCAGUUUUUAUCGUCGCGCUUCUUCGAGUUUGUGGCAAACUACGGCUUGACCAAACAGAACCUCGUGUCAUUUUAUGUCUACAACAUCGGCUCAAAUCAUAUCGCCCACAAAGCUGUCCUGCCGGACACAGACUCGUUCGAGAUUGACGAGAAGAAGCGUAAGCUUUUUGAGGAGUAUAUCAAGAAGCUGGACAACAAACUUGCUUGGAGAGUGGAUCUGUUUUGCAGAAUCUUCAAGGAAGUUACGCGAACGAGCGUGUGGGAAAUUCUUAAUCUGUUUCCGGCCAGUUACUUCAUAGAAGACAAGAGGACGGCACUGCGAAGUUCCCAGACAUCUUCAGCUUACAAUCUCGAUUCUUACUCGUCACUCCUGUGUGCACUGUGCUUCAUGCAUGAAUGUCCAUGGCAUAAAUCUCUCUAUGUCACAUCCUGCAGUGACGGUAACGUCAAGACGACCUCCAAUAUGCCGCUCUGCAACAUUGUCAACAAAACAACCUCCACUCGAAAUAUUCUUCCGGACGGCAUCUCCUGCUCUCCGGAGUGUUUCCUAAAUGACCCGCAAAACACUCGCCAAAGUUUGGUGAAAGCCUCAAAGUGGUCCGAUGAAGAUAUCGCGCUUGUCAAAAUGACUGGAAAGGUCAUGCUACAGAACUCGCGCACUUCGUGUCUGUUGACUACCAUUUUUAACAAACCCUGCAGAGAGAUCAAUCAAAAACUUAUAGAACUGAAGCUUACACCCUCACAUAUUCAAGAGUAUCACAAGGACGUUGCUAGCUAUGCUUCCGUCGAAUCCAUAACAGCUCAAAUCUUUGGCAAACGCAAGCGCAAGGCACCCACCGGCUACCCCGAAGACUGCUCCAUGAGUGGAAAUCAUCUCAAGCGUGUUGAUCUGAACCCUUGCAUGCACAGCGGACCGUGUGACGCCGACUGCGCCUGUGUCGACGGCAAAGUGUUUUGCGAGAAAGCUUGCGGGUGUCCGCCAAGCUGUCCGAGACGAUACCGCGGGUGUCGGUGUACUACCAGUCGGUGCCGUACAGCGGCUUGUGAAUGCUUCAAAUGGAACCGCGAGUGUGACCCCGACCUCUGUCGAUCCUGCGGUGCAGACGAGAUUCUGGAUCCUAAGAACCGCGAUAUUGUCGAGAACAAACGAUAUUGCAAAAACGUCAAUCUCCAAAGGGGACUGGGCAAGCGGGUCAUUGCUGGCCCGAGUAAUGUCUCCGGUUGGGGUUUGUUUAUCGGUGAAGAUAUGAAGCAGGACGAGUAUCUUGGCGAGUACAAGGGAGAAUCAAUUUCACAGGACGAGGCCGAGCGACGAGGGAAAAUCUACGAUAAGCGCGGUGUAUCAUUUCUCUUUGAGUCUACAAAGGAGCAAUGUAUCGAUGCGACCCGAGCAGGCAAUAAGUUGCGCUUCAUCAAUCACUCGCGCCAGAAUCCGAAUUGCUUUGCUCGCAUUGUGUUUGUGAACGGAGUCCACCGAAUCGCCUUCUUUGCUAGGCGGAGGAUCAAGGAGGGAGAAGAGUUGUUUAUAGAUUACGGAUAUAACAACAAAACGAUGAAGUUCGUACCGCUGGAAUACGGAAAGACUUCCAGAAACUGAAAUCAUCAAUAAAGCAGCGGUCACUACGGGUUUACGGAGCCAUGUGCCAUCAUACUGUAUACCAACAAUAUCGGUCAUUCACUCUUAAUCGCUAGCAAAAGCAAGCUACCACUUAUAUAGAUAUGAUCAAGCC